AGAUUUCUAAGUUUGCUCACUGCGGGACUACGAGAUUUUGGUCCUAUCACGGUUUGGUUGCCAAGUGAAAAAGAAACAAGAGCGGGGUGCAAAUAGCAAAACGAAGUUCCCUCCUCCCCACACGACCAAGGAGCCAUGGCGGCGGCCGCUACAGCAACGAUACUCGAGCUGGAUCCCUCGCACGAGCGAGCCGGCCGCGUCAUCGAAGACAUCGUGCGGCUGGAGAGGAGGAUCUUCCCGAAGCACGAGUCGCUGGCGCGAUCCCUCCACGACGAGCUCCAGCGCCGGAACUCCGGCCUGAUCUACUUGACAUCCAGCGCCGCUGGAGACGACGGCGACGAGGUCGUUGGGUACGCCAUGUACACCUGCCCCACCACCCUCUGCGCCACCAUCACCAAGCUCGCCGUGAAGGAGAGCCGCAGGCGGCAGGGCCACGGCGAGGCGCUGCUGAAUGCCGCCGUGGAGCGGUGCCGGAGGCGGAGGGUCCAGCGGGUGUCCCUGCACGUCGACCCGGCGAGGACGGCCGCCGUCGCGCUGUACCGGAAGGCCGGGUUCCAGGUCGACGCCACCAUCGAGGGCUACUACGCGCCGCGGAGGAACGCCUACCGUAUGUACAUAGAUCUGUAGGGAUCAAAAGGCCGAGCACGAGGAGGCAUUUCUCAUCAUGAAUAAAUUGAUGAUUUGCCAUUUUGAUUAUGAUGUCACUAAUAUUAAUGAAAUAUAAGGUCAUCUGAGUUAAAGACCGUACGAAAUUACUUUUUGAUAGUGGCUAAAAAAUCAAUCCCCAUCAUGAGAGAAUGGAGUUUGCUU